AUGGAGGAGGGCACAGCACUUUCCGGCCUCCCGCCGCCGCCGACGACCCUCGAGCCCAUCUCCCGACCGAGUUCGACGUCAACAUCGGCAUCCGCUUCUCUGCAGCAGUUGCCAGGCAUCUCGGCGCUUGCGCAAGCCAACUCCACGACGAGCUCGCCACAGCUGCGGUACGUGAUAUCUCAGGCAAGGGCGGACGGAGGAGCCGACAUUGCGUCUUGCACCUUGCAAACGCUAUGCGCCCUCAACCGCGACUAUUCCUGCGCCCGCGCCCGCACCCGCGCCUGCGCCUAUGACAGCACCCGCGCCCGCGCCAGCGCCCACGCCGACUCCCUCUGCGCCGAUGCAGCAGCCUACCUAUGCUUCUCCGGCGGCCACUACCGGCGGAGGAUCCACUUCUGGCACUCCCACUUGCCAAAACUGCCAAACCUCCACAACGCCUUUAUGGCGCCGCGACGAAUAUGGCUCGGUUCUCUGCAACGCUUGCGGUUUAUUCCUCAAAUUACACGGACGUGCACGCCCAAUAAUGAUGUUAUCAAGAGUCGCAAUCGUGUGAAGACGAUGCGCCCAGAUCUCGCGAAGAAGAAGCAGCAACAGCAACAAGCCGCCAACUUCGCCGGUGCCGAUCCGAACGGUAUGGACCUAAACAACGCAGCGCGCAGGAAGUCCGCGAACGGCAAUAUCGACGGCUCCGACUCUCCAGUAUCCCGUACGGCUACGCCUUCCCUCUACAACCCAAGCCUGCCUGUCUUCGGGAAUAUGGACGACUCACAGCUGGGCUUCAACGUCGGCGGAGAAAACCGCUCCGCAUCCCCUCUGAACGGCGACCGCCAUCUCGACGUCCCGCAAACCCACGAACAGCUUAUUGCAGCCAACUCAGCUCUGAAAACCCGCGUCAGCGAACUCGAAUUGAUCAACGAGCUCUUCCGCGGAAGGCUCAGCCAGAUGGAGCAAGACGAGGCAAGCGCGAGGAGAGGGCAGGAGAUUAGCGGUAAGGCCGAGGCGCAGCUACGAUCGCAGUUGGAGGCCAGCAACAAGCAACUGGAAGACAGCCAUCGAAGGGAGAACAACCUCAAGAGACGCCUCGAUGAAAUGGAGCUUGAGCUUAAAGAGGCUAAGGAAGCUGCCGACUCGUCUUCCGAGUCUGGUCGAGCCGCCAAGAAGCUGCGCGUUGCCGAUAUGGUGGGCGACUCGGAAGUUUCUACCCCUCAGUCAACUACCGCGUAA